CCGCGGGAGGAGGGAGACUGGGGAGUUUAUAAACUUCUCGGGGGAGGCCUGAGGUCUCCAAUGAAAGCCGCACAGGCCCACUGUUGACUUCACCGGCGAAGGACCCCUCGGGUUGCCCGGGCAACCGACGGCCAUCUUUGUGAGGGUCAGGCGGAAGUUGUCUUUUGGCCGGGCUGGCGGGUGGCCAUCUUGGUGAAGGCACCGUUCGCCGUCAUUUCCGGGAGAGUAUUGGAAAAUCUGAAGACGGAAGUUUCAAGGUCAACAGAUGAAGGGCUUAUGCCCAAAACGUUGACUCUCCUGCUCCUCGGAUGCUGCCUGACCUGCUGUGCUUUUCCAGCGCUGCAAUUUUCGACUCUGACUCUCCAGCAUCUACAGUCUUCACUUUGAUGUCAAUGUCUGACAGUCACUCAGUCCAUCGGGACCGCAACAGUUUUCAACUAUGAGUCUGUGAGAAGGAGGAAAGCUUUUUGGUUCUCAUUUGAGUACGUUUUCAGCAUCAGUGGGAUUGGAUGAGAGACCCAACUGUUGCAGCGCACUGAAUGAGGAGUGUGUAGCAGCUAUACGGCCUGGAAAGAGGAAUUCACGACGUGUUUGUGCGCGACUGAAGCUUUGGCCAUGGAGAAACCCGAGGAAUCCCGCCCCGUGGAGAAACCAUGGAAGUGUGGUGACUGUGGGAAAGGCUUCCGUGCUCCGUCUGCCUUGGAGAUUCGUCGGCGCAGUCACACCGGAGAGGGGCCGUUCUUCUGCCCUGAGUGCAGGAAGGCCUUCAGCAAUUCCUCCGCCCUGCAGGCCCACCAGCAGGUCCACACAGGGGAGAGGCCGUUCCCCUGCACUGAGUGCGGGAAGAUCUUUAGCAAUUCCUCCAUCCUGCUGAAGCACCGGCGGGUACACACAGGGGAGAGACCCUUCAGCUGCCCUGAGUGCGGGAAGGCCUUUACACAGGCGUCCAUCCUGCUGACCCACCGGCGGAUCCACACUGGGGAGAGGCCGUUCUCCUGCCCCGAGUGUGGGAAGGGAUUUAGUCAGGUGGGCAACUUGCAUGUGCACCAGCGGGUCCACACUGGGGAGAAGCCCUUCACGUGCCCUGAAUGCGGGAAGGCCUUCAGCUAUUCCUCGGACCUGCUGAAGCAUCAGCGCGUCCACACCGGGGAGAGGCCCUUCAGUUGCCCCGAGUGCGGGAAAGCCUUCAGCGAUUCCUCCGACCUGCUGAAGCACCGAAGGGUCCACACGGGGCAGAUGCCCUUCAGCUGCCCCGAGUGCAGGAAGGCCUUUAGCGAUUCCUCUGCCCUGGUGAAGCAUCGGCGAGUGCACACGGGGGAAAGGCCCUUCAGCUGCCCCGAGUGCGGGAAAAGCUUUGCCCGGGCCUCCAACCUGCUGACCCACCGGCGGAUCCACACGGGGGAGAGGCCCUUCAGCUGCCUCGAAUGCGGGAAGGGCUUCACCCGCUCUUCCCACCUCCGGAGCCACCAGCGAGUUCACGUGCCAUCGCAGGGUGAUUGAAGGAGUGACGGCCAAGUGUCAUUAUCGACUGGACGAUCAACCCAGUUCCAGGGACUUCCGGGUUCAAUUCCCACCAUGACAGAUGGUGGAAUUGGAAUUUGGUCAGAAAUCUGGAGUUCAGAAUCUAACGGUGAAACCAUUUUAGGGGUGUGGGGGUGGAGAAACCCCCAUCUGAUUCACUCAGUUGUCCCAGCUGCAUCCUUUACCCGGUCUGGACUGUACGUGACUCCAGACCCACAGCUGUGCACCCACUCCCGCCCCCCAAAAAAGCCCCUGGCAAAGGAGCGGGGAGAAACUUACUUGGACACAGGGUAUGGGUUGAAAUUGCUGAGUGAGGCAAUACUUCCUCCGGGUUACGGCUGUACCAAGGAUCCAAUUACAAAGAGACAACUCCGUGCUGCCCAAUAUUAAAGGAAGGGGGGGGCGGGGGUCUGUGUGCACUUUGAUCUUGAGGUGUUUUUUUAAAAAUCUACUAUGCUUUCUCUGCCUUUUUGCUGGGGGUGGUGGAAUCUGAAGCUGUAACAAAGUUGGGUCACA